AUGCACCAUAGCAACCAGGAACUUUGCGAACCCACUAUUGUGGGCGACUUCAAGGUUUAUAAUGUGAGCGGUUCUCGCUUUGAGGUGCCGAAGAAGUACACUUUGCUGAAGAUACUCGGAACGGGGGCCUACGGUAUUGCCUGCUGCUGCUUUAACGAGGAGACGAAGGAGAAGGUGUCUAUCAAGAAGUGUCGUGACGUGUUCAGAGACUUGGAAGAUGGCAAGCGUGUUCUGCGUGAAAUAGCGAUGAUGCGCUUCUUUCAACAUGAGAAUCUGCUGCAUGUCAUGGACAUCCUGCCACCCAUGGAAAAAUACAGCGAUUUUCGCGAUGUGUACAUUGUCACCCCGCUAAAGGACGUGGACAUGAACGUCGUGCUGCGUUCCCGGCAGGAGCUGACUGACGCUCAUGUGCAGUACUUUGUGUAUCAGAUCCUGCGUGGGUUGAAGCACCUGCAUAGCGCCGGCGUCGCCCACCGCGACCUCAAACCGGCCAACCUUGUCACAGACAUUUCCUGUGAACUGAAGAUUAUUGACUUUGGACUUUCACGGAAUGUCACGAUGCCGUACUAUGAGCUGACCGACUACGUCAUUACACGAUGGUACCGUCCGCCGGAGCUGCUGCUGGAAAACAACUACUACACAACGGCGGUGGAUAUCUGGUCCGUUGGGUGCAUCAUGGCGGAGAUGUACACCCGCAAGCCCGUGCUUCGUGGACGCAACACGAUGGACCAGCUCCGUCUGAUUUGCACGCACAUUGGCAAGCCUCCGAGUGAGAUGGUCAACAACCCUGAGGCGCUGGAUAAACUCCAGGGCCUCCCCGACGGCUCACUUAAGGUGUCGGAGUUGGUGCCGGGGUUGACUGACCCGGACGCCAUUGAUAUUCUCAAACAGAUGUGGGAGAUUGAUCCAGCCAAGCGCAAGUCGGCGGCAGAGCUGCUGCAACACCCCUUUCUGGCACCUCUACACGACGAACAGGACGAGCCGGCUUGCCCAACGCUCUUCUCCUGGCCCUACGAGCAGCAGGAGAUGAGUCCUAGUACCCUUCGUCGAGCCUUCUGGGAAGAGAUUUGUGCCUUUAACCCGCAAUUGGCCGAGCAAAUGCCUGCGGACUCUAAAGAGAAGGGCCAGGUGAAGAGUUAA